AUGAAAGAAAAGAAGAUAGGAAUAUUAGCAGUUCAAGAAACUCACCUCUCCAAAGUCGACGAAACGAGCCUUAAUGAAACGUUCAACAAGAGGUUAAAAAUCAUAUCUUCAAUUGAUCCUGAACAUGGGAAUGCAAAAGGCGUAGCGAUAGUACUGAAUAAAGACUUGACGAGCAGCCAAGAAGCUACACACAAGGAAAUCAUCCCUGGAAGAGCCAUCUUAGUUCAGCUACCAUGGACCAAAGGCGAGAAAAUUACCAUCCUAGCAGUGUACGCCCCAAAUGAACCAUCAAAAAACGGAGCCUUCUGGGAAGAAAUCCAAACCAAUCUAACCGGCUUCCCUACCCCAGACAAAGAUGCACUCGAUAGGCUGCCGCCAAAACAGGACAACGAACAUGCUACAGUAGCCCUCAUGCACCUAAAACUGAGCUUAGACCUCAGAGACAGAUGGAGAGCAGAAAACCCAGACUUACUCGCAUAUACCUUUGCACAAUCAAACAGAAUCUAUAUAAGUGAAAACAUUCUGCCAUUCAGUAAAGAUUGGACUAUAGAACCAGCCGGAAUCGCAACUGGACCAUCAACUUACCUCAGCAAGAAUAUCAGACUAGGUAGAUGGACUCUGCCCCUCUUCAUCCUGAAGGACAAAGACGUCAAAGACCGAAUCAUAGACAUGGGAUGCACCAUGCAACUCGACAUCGAGAACUUGCUCUCUAACAGAUCAACCACCCAUAACCCGCAAACCAUCUUCAAAAACUUCAAAGACACAGCGAUAAAAUUCUGCAGAGACAAAGCCAGAACUUCGAUCCCUAAGAUUCAAAACCGCAUAAAAAGCCUUAAAUCUGACCUUAAAGCAUGCUUAAACGACCAGAGCAUCCCAGAAGAAGAACACUGUCUCAAAAGAAACGACAUGAGAACCGACGCGAUAACCUCGCAGUGA